UUUAUCCUUAUUGUGGCUAGCUUCACAUAGAUGAAAUAUACGUGGUGGAGAGAUGUGCUGAAACUCCUUUCGGUUCAUCCAAAAAGAUCUCUCAAGCUGCCAAUAGCAUUCCCGAAAUAACAGAAAUAUCAGCAGUGGAAUGAGCAGGCUGAGGCGGGGAGAUGCCUUACGUGGAUCGGCAGAACAGGAUCUGUGGCUUCCUGGACAUCGAGGAGAAUGAGAACAGCGGCAAGUUCCUCCGACGCUACUUCAUCCUGGACACCAAGGAGGGUAGCCUGGUGUGGUACAUGGACAACCCACAGAACCUGCCCAAAGGAGCUGAACAUGUUGGCUCCCUCAAACUCUCUUACAUCUCAAAGGUGAGUGAUGCCACCAAGCUGCGACCGAAGGCGGAGUUCUGCUUCGUCAUCAAUGCUGGUAUGAGGAAGUUCUACCUCCAGGCCAACGAUCAGCAGGAUCUGGUAGAGUGGGUCAACGUGCUCAACAACGCCACCAAGAUCACAGUGCCAAAGUCGGGGGACGGCCAGCCCAGUGCAGAGAUGCCUCAGGAGGUGCUGGGUUCCAUGAAGCAGAUCUCCUAUAAGACGGAGAUCAUAGGAGGGGUACCCAUCAUCACUGCCACACAGGAGCAGGGCGACGGGGGGCAGAACGGAGCAGACAGGGGGGGCCUGCGGAAGGCCCACAGCCAGCUGCCCUACUUCCUGGGGCGGGGGGUGCAGGACCAGGCGCUCAUCAAGGCUGGAUACUGUGUCAAGCAAGGAGCCCUGAUGAAGAACUGGAAGAGGAGAUACUUUUUACUGGAGGAGAACGCAGUCAGCUACUUUAAGUCAGACCUGGAGAGAGAGCCACUGCGUGUGAUCCCACUGAAAGAGGUUCACAAAGUUCAGGAGUGCAAACAGAGUGACUUAAUGCAGAGGGACAAUCUAUUUGAAGUGGUCACUAGCUCAAGGACCUUUUACAUACAGUCGGACAGUCCAGAGGAGAUGCACAGCUGGAUAAAGGCCAUCUCUGGAGCCAUUGUGGCCCAGCGGGGGCCUGGACGCUCAGCUGCUUCUAUGCGUCAGGCCCGUCGGCUGUCGAACCCUUGUAUACAGAGGUAUACAUUCCGCAAUGGUGAAUGCAGCACGAGCACAGUGACCACACCCCCUCCGCCUUCUACUGUAGCAGCAAUCAGGCGGGACCCCCGUCCCUCGCUCGCCCAUCCAGGCAGAGCUCCCCUACCACCAGCCACAGGGGGGCCCGGGCCCUGACCUGGGACAGCCAGGACUUCUUGGGCCUGCUGCCCUGGCGAGGCCACCAGGGGCCACCACCACCGCACCGCUCCCGCCUCUCUCUCCAGGAGACCCCUCGCCUGUCCAAGUGAGCGCCUCGUCCUGUUACCCCACCAAUGCCCACCAGGAGGAGCUGUCGCCAUGGAGACGGCGCAGCAAGGUAGAGGGCGACCAACCGGAACUCUCCUCCCUCGGCUUCGAGGACUCAGACCUGCAUGUCAGCCAGGUGUGAGCCUCUAACCCUGACCCCUCCUGUCAGGAUUCACACUGACAGAAAGGGGACUGGACAUAGUGGACAGUCAUCAACAACGACAAGAGGAAAGCCAAUCAAACGUGACCAAUCAGCGCCAACCUGGCCCUCAGGAAGACAGGAAGUGGUCCCUGGCUGUGACCGUUGAUCGUCUACUCUCCCCUGUAUCCAGACCUUCUCUUAACACAGCAAAUGGCGUGACGUUUCAGGGCACGGAGAUGCCGUCAGAUGUUCUAUUUCAGUCUCUUUCGUUGUUGAUAUUUCUGUUGGGUGUUGCUCUUUCUCUCUUGUUGUUGGUAUUGUAUGAUUCCUGGACAUCCUCCCCUCUCCAUUGGCUCAAGAGGUUACAAGAGGUGGACUGGGUUGGCUACUCUGCUGAGAAAUUCACAAAUCAUUUUUUGUAAUUAUUUCCCACUCCACUUCCUCCUCCCAGACGUCACUUGAUUUACUGUUAUCAGGGUUGUUGGAACUAAUAUAUUUUUAAAAAAGGGGCUAGAUGUUAUUUGUGUUCAUAGUUAUGUAAAUGAAAAAGUUGUAACUGGUGUCAAUGAGACAACCCCACUCACACACAAAAACAUACACGCGUGGUGUAGACUUGUGUGUACUUUUAACAUGACCAUUUGAGUUUCUAUCCAAAGCAAGCCGUUGUUGAAGCACAUCAUGAAUCCUCAUCGCAUCCUAAAGAUAACUUUUAGCAGAUGAAUUUCCCUGCAGCUUUCUUAUUUUCAGCUACGGUUUUAGAAAGGAAGUGGGUGUUACGUGUUUUAUAUUUCUGUUUCUAUUCAUCAUUUAAAAUAGAUACCUUUGAGUCCUUCUGUUCAUAUGAGAGUUACACCUGUUGUGUUUUAGACUCUCUCUCUCUUUCUUUCUCCCUCUCUCUCUGUCAACCACACACACACACACACACACACAGUCACACCUCUGUUUUUUGUUGUCGUUGCCAAAUGAAGUCCUGCGCUGUAUUGUAUGUGCCUGCCAAUGUUAGCAUGCAUUUGAAUAGAGACUUCUCCCUCUGGAGGACAUAAACAGGACAUGUAUAUGUGCAACACAUCUAUAGGCCUCUUGGCAGGGCCUUUCAAAUGGCACCUUGUGGACACUCAUGUGGGCAGACAAGCUGCUCACUGCCCUUGAUCUGUUUUCUGGGUGUUCCUUUGUGGUCCUCUUUUCUACUGUGCGACUAUUUUACUACUUUUCCCGUAUGCUGUGACAGUUUGUGUGUCUGUGGGGAGGCCUUCUGUGCCUCUCAGCCGUACUCUUCCUGUAACUUGUUACUGUGUUGCCCACCUCUACUGUAAAGCUGGUAAAGUGCCUGCGUUCUCUUUUUAUAGAGAGAAGAAAGAAAGAAAAAAAGAAGAUAUUUUGACCCUUUUAAUUGUGUACCUGAUGCUCUGAAUCAUGGGCAUUAUUUAUUAAGUGGAGUUUGAGAAUAAAUCAAUGGAUUCAA